AUGCACUGGAAAAACAAGGAACGACGCAGUACCUGCCGUCACUUCAGACUGGGAAAGUGUGUAUACUGGCAGACCCCAGAGAAAUGUGAUUUCCCUCAUCGCCCCAAGCAUGCGCCGCGUCUCCCGCCCCCCGUCGAGAACGCACCUCCCACUCCUCCACUGCACCGUCCUCCACAUCUGUAUCCCGAGGAGGCAACCGCCUUUGUGCCUGGCUAUCAGCAGCACGCCCCCAUCCCCGCAGCCCAUUCAUUUGUCCAGUGGCCAGUCAUCGGUCCGAGCUCGGACAAUGAUUACUAUGGAUAUCACGGAUAUGGCUCUCAGUACUUGGGUUAUCACUUGAACAACAUCAACCCUUACGGACAGGUCGAUUUCCAGCCCUACGAGCAUCCGGUGUCAUCGUUGUUUGGGUACCCCUCUGCCGAACAUCACCCAGUCCGUGCCGAUUGCUAUCCGGAGCAUGGGAUCUACUACUACAACCCAAUGGCGCCCGUUUAUCCGGAAAGCUACGUCAUACCCAUGGACAUCCAGUUUAGCAACGAUCCUCCCCAGGCCGAUCAAUACCAGUAUCAGCAGCUCUACCAGCUCCCGGACACCCCUCCAGAGUCAAGGUCAAUCUCACCCCCCACGCCCCGCUUCAUCGCUUACUCUACACUGCCCGUGACAGACGGAUACGCCGCCCCUCCUUUAGCAGAGGUGGAGCAAGAUGCCCUCGUCGAUCCGGAGAAGCUGAAGCGAGAGCGAAGCAAGGUCUGCUGGUACGGCGAUGAUUGCAAGAGACCCAACUGCUAUUACCGCCACGGUGUUGUAGAGGACAAGGUCGAGGGGGAAUGUUCUGGUCCCUCUUCCUCCUCCUCCUGUCCCUCUUCCACUCUAGUUUCUGCUGAAUCUUUGGAUCCCGAUAUCGAUUCCUCCAACACUGUUUCGAGGAAGGGCUAG